UCAAACAUGGCGACUUCCACGGGACAAGACGGAAAGGCUAGCUCCUCUUCAGAUGUGGAUCUUUUACUGCACCCCGAGCUUUUAUCUCAGGAAUUUAUCAAAUUAAUUUUAAAUGAGAGGAAGGUUAAUACACGGGACACUUUGAGUCGGGAUGAGCUUACGGAGCUGUACCUGCGCCAUGUGAUGCCGCUGCCUCAGAGGACACUCCCCUCCAGCCGCUGGGGCAGGACCGCAGCCAAAACCCGAGAGGCGCACGCACCAUCAGCCGCGCACAGCAGUGACUCCAACAGAAAACGGCCAUUAAUAGUGUUCGAUGGAAGCUCAUCAAACAGCGGUCCUCCAAAAGUGAAGAGAUCAGACGGGAGUAAUCUAUCUGGAGCCACAGACCGAUUAAAGCCACCGCCAGGAGCAAAUGUGGCCAGCCCCAUGAGAAAGCUUAAUACAGUCACGUCACCUUCAUGCACAAUGAAAUCAAAGCUUACACGAGAAGAACAUCACUCUAAUUCAGAUUCUCCAAUGGCAAAGAAAAAGAUCCAGCAUGUGACGUGGCCCUGAUGUUUGUCUCCUCACCAAACCUCAGAGCCGAACUCUACAGUACAUUUUUUCUCAAGUUUCUUCCAGUGUUGCAAAGAACAAAGACAUAUCGUGCCAGCAUUAGAAUAGACUGGUCCAAUAAACUUAAUAGGUCCAUCACUUUCUUGUAGUUUUUCACAACCUCAAGUGCACUUACUAGGGCUGGGCGAUAUGGAUCAAAAAUAUAUAUCUCGAUAUAUUUUGCUAUAUCUCGAUAUACGAUAUAUAUCUCGAUAUAUGUUCAAGAAAAAAUAACCCCCUAAAACUGAAAACUGCAAAAACAAAUCUGCCAAUUCCACAAGGUCUUUUUUUUUUAUUGAAGUGUAAGAGGUCGGCAGUUCAUAUAGGAACACUUAAGAUUACAAAAACCCUAAUUACAUAAAUAAUAAUUUAACUGUAAAAUAAAAGAAAUAAUACAUAUUUCCUUCUUUUCAUUCAUAAAUAAAACAACUCAACACAAGCUCAUCUUUGCAUUAACUCUGUUAACCAUCCCAUAACCAUGAGCUCAUUUACCAGAAGAAGCUCCGGAUGUUCCUUAUUUCAAUAGAUCCAUGUUAUUAUCCAGCAGUAAGGAGCUCUGAGGUUUCCCACAAUUCACUGCAGAUCAAACCCAACGUUUCCAAACACUAUUGUACAAGUGACACUGCAGCAGAUUAUUAAUAAAAAUAUUCUGCAUAAAUAAACUUUACAUGACUAAACUUUACAAUAUAUAAAGCAUAACGACUCUACAGCCACAUCAGCUUAUUUGCGAUAAUAAUGUGUUUAAUGCAGUUUUGCGCACGUGUGUUUACAUUUUACAGAAACGAAACAUAAGCGCAUGGCUCAUUUGCAUAAACAGCGCACUUCUCAUGCAGCUCAGCUCGUUUAGCUUCUUUCGGGCUAAAGGAAGCGACUCGGUGGAACAUGAGGAUGUGCUACUGAUGGUUUUGUCUGUAAAAGGUGGAAAAGGUUCGUGGUGCUUGAAGCUUUUCACUGGCACCAACUUUCGGCGUUCACGGCGAUAGUGAGAGUGAAGGAGACGCGAGCGAACAAAAUCAGGGAGGCGGGGGCGCGCGGGCGACGAGAGAGAAGGUAAACAAGCGAAGCGGGGAAAUCAGAAUCGAAUAUAAGCAUUAUAUCGAUAUAUACGAUAUGUCAGAAUUCAUAUCGAGUUUAAAAACUCGAUAUAUUUAAAAUAUCGAUAUAUCGCCCACCCCUAGCACUUACCAUCACCCACCACACUUGAAGGCAUAGCAACUAUUUAAAAUAAUAUCUACACUGUUUAAAGACCCACAACUAAUGCUAUUUAAUUUGCUAGCAGCAUAGUGUUCAUAUCUAUUGUGCUUACGAUGGGUAAACUGCAUCGUGUGUGGUAAUGGCCAUACGUAAUGAUGAAGUGAUCAAGCUCAAUAAUUAAAUUUCCUGUUUAACUUGCAGAGUAUAUUUAAAUAUACUUUUUAAUCUUUGUGGAAAUAAUGUUGUGGAAUAUUCAGGCCAAAAUGAACAUUUAUUUUUUAUGUAAUUGGUUUAAUUAAACUAAUUGUAAAACCAAAAAUGGUCUUGGGCUUAAUUUGAACCCGAAAUAAAAAUGUUGCUAAAGUCAAUACUGGAUUCCUUUAUAGGAUUAAACAUUACAGAAUUUUAUUUUAUAACCACA